AUGGCCGAUGUAAAGGAUUUAGAUGGAGGGCCUUCCAGAGACGACGAUCCUACUGACUUCCUUCAGACGACCAUUACAACAGCCGCCGCCCCCAGUGAGAACGCUGCAUCCUGGACCUCGGUGUCCUUGCAGGGAACUAGAGGGACAGAACCCACGUCACUGACUCUUCAGAUCCAAGUGUAUUGCGACCCAGGUUUCACUGGGGCUGACUGUGCAAUUAACAUAGACGAGUGUGCUAGUAGUCCUUGCAGUACUAACCAAACUUGCCAGGAUAAUAUCAAUUCUUACACGUGCCUCUGCCCACCUGGGACUACAGGAAGUGCCUGCCAGACGGACCUGGACAGAUGCGCCAAUAGUCCCUGCAAGAACGGAGCCACGUGUCAGGACGGGGUGAAUAAUUACACUUGCCAAUGUGCGGCUGGGUUUAAGGGGACCAACUGCGAAGUGAACAUCGACGAGUGUGCCAGUGCUCCUUGCCAGAACGGUGGUGUAUGUAGAGAUAUGAUCAAUGCCUACUCAUGCCAAUGCCGCCCGAGAUUCACUGGAACCAACUGCCAAACUGACAUUGAUGAAUGCGCCAGUGGACCUUGUCAGAAUGGGGCAUUCUGCGUCAACGACCUGAACAGAUACAGUUGUGUAUGUGCGACAGGGUUCACGGGAUCAAACUGUGAGACCAACAUUAACGAUUGUGCCAGUAAUCCCUGUCAAAAUGGCGCAUUCUGUAUGGAUGGUGUAGCAGAGUACAGGUGUGCCUGUCAGACGGGAUUUACAGGAAAGAACUGUGAAACAAACAUUAAUGACUGUGCAAACACGCCGUGCCAGAACGGUGGCACCUGCGUCGAUCUCGUGAAUUCCUACUCUUGCGUUUGUACUAAAGGUUUCAAAGGUGCAAACUGCGAAACAAACAUUGACGAAUGUGCAGACAAACCAUGCCAGAAUAAUGCCAAAUGCCAGGACGGCAUUAAUGGAUUCACCUGUAUUUGUCCCAGCGGGUUUACUGGUGCCAGAUGCCAGAAUAAAAUCAGUUAUUGUGACGGUCAGCCAUGUGGACAGUCGGGCACGUGUGUGGAAAUGGCAGAUGGAUAUCGCUGUAAAUAUCCUUCUGGACAUGCUAGUGAUCGCUACCAGGUGCCGCUGAUGUGCAAGAAAAACCCGUGUCAGAACCGAGGUAUCUGCGUCAUGGACAAUACCACAGCUGUGUGUUUCUGCAGAGACGGAUAUUUUGGAAGCACCUGUCAGUUUUCUCUGCACCAGGUGUCUGGGUCUUUCUCUGGCAAUUACGUGUGCUCCUUCAACUGCAGAUGCAAACACGGCAUGAAAGGUCCGAAGUGCGACGAGCGAGACCCAUGUGCAUAUAUCAGUUGUCAUAAUAAAGGUGUCUGCGUCUCUGAGUCCGAAAUUUCGUUUACAUGUCUCUGUCCUAAGGGGCAUUGUGGUCGAUUUUUUGAUGCGACUGGCAAGAUAGCAGUACAGCUUCUAAAUUUCAAAAAUGAGAACCACAAACGCGAUAGCGGCCAGUGCUGUGAUAACUCUUUAACAUUCUUCUGUAACCUCGACCCUUGCGACACAUCCUUCAAACUGUGUUUUGAUGCACCUGGCGGAAAUAGCGACAUUGAGUCGUGUGCCUACGGGUCCACAGGCUAUGUCGGAUCCAUCCAGUCCAAUGACAUCAACUUUCAAACAGGACCAGAUGAAACCAAGAAUCCUUUCUUGGCAAACUUUACCACGUGGCCGGGCUCGUUUAAAAUCAAAGUGGACGUUAUAGACAAAGACGUAGCAGCCAGUCUGGAUGGUAACCCAGGAGACGAUAGAGUGGACACAUUUGAAGCCGUAAUUCCCGUAAAUGCGAUAGUACAGGACGUUGGCGACAACACGUGGAACUUUGAGAGCAUCACGGGGAAGAGACAGCAAGAACCAACGUCGUUGACCUUCAACGUUAAAGCGUAUUGUGAUCCAGGUUGGGUCGGGUUUGAUUGUGGUACCAAUGUGGACGAGUGCGCCAGCAAUCCAUGCGUAAACGGCGGGAGUUGUUUUGACGGUACCAACAUGUACACGUGUAUCUGUCCUCCUGGGUACGCUGGCACGAACUGCCAGUCGAAAGUGUUGGAAUGUUCUAGCAACCCUUGUCAAAAUGGUGGAACCUGUGUUCAAGGAAACAACGCCUAUACCUGUCAGUGCGCCUCGGGAUUCUCAGGGAUAAACUGUCAAGUGAACGUGAACGAGUGCGCCAGUACUCCGUGCCAGAACGGGGCGUCAUGCAUUGAUGGCAUUAACUCGUACCGCUGUCAAUGUAUCGCGGGGUUUGCCGGGACUAACUGCGAGAUUAAUAUUGAUGAAUGUGGCAGUAACCCAUGUAAAAAUGGCGCUCGGUGCAUAGAUGGCGUCAACUCCUUUACCUGUGUAUGUCCAGCUGGGUAUACUGGAACAACAUGCGCUACAAACGUCAACGAGUGUGCCAGUAAUCCAUGCCUGAAUUUCGGUACUUGUGUUGAUGGUGUGAAUUCCUACAAGUGCCGCUGUGUGCCGGGGUUCGCAGGGUCUCGGUGCCAGGUCGACGUCAACGAAUGUGCCAGCAAUCCCUGUCAAAACGGCGCAUUGUGCUUGGACCGCCAAAAUGCGUACACCUGCAUGUGUCGACCAGGGUACACGGGAGUUACCUGCGGAGUUAACAUCGACGAAUGCGCCAGAGUGCCGUGUCAAAAUGGCGGGACAUGUUCAGAUCUCAUCAACUCCUACACGUGUCAGUGUUUGGCAGGAUUUACGGGAACUGAUUGCGAAACAAACAUUGACGAAUGUGCAGACAAACCAUGCCAGGAUAAUGCCAAAUGCCAGGACGGCAUUAAUGGAUUCACCUGUAUUUGUCCCAGCGGGUUUACUGGUGCCAGAUGCCAGAAUAAAGUCAGUUAUUGUGACGGUCAGCCAUGUGGACAGUCAAGCACGUGCCUGGAAAUGGCAGAUGGCUACCGUUGUAAAUAUCCUUCUGGACAUGCUGGUGAUCGCUACCAGGUGCCGCUGAUGUGCAAGAAAAACCCGUGUCAGAACCGAGGUAUCUGCGUCAUGGAUAAUUUCACAGCUGUGUGUUUCUGCAGAGACGGAUAUUUUGGAAGCACCUGUCAGUUUUCUCUUCACCAGGUGACUGGGUCCUUCUCUGGCAAUUACGUGUGCUCCUUCAACUGCAGAUGCAAACACGGCAUGAAAGGUCCGAAGUGCAACGAGCGAGACCCAUGUGCAUACAUCAAGUGUCAGAACAAAGGUGCCUGCCUCCUCACAAAAGUGGAUUCUACUGGGAAGAUAGCAGUGCAGCUGCGUAGAUUUACGAAUGCCAAUCAUAAAAGUGCAAAUGGACAGUGCUGUGACAGUAUUCUGACAUUCUGGUGCAACUUGGACCCUUGUGAUACGACGUUCAAGUUGUGCUUUGACGGCAGCAGUGGGAGCAAUUCCAUGGAUUCAUGUGCCUAUGGGUCUUUUGGGUAUUUGGGGGAUACAAAGAGCAAUGAUACAUAUUUUAGAAAUGAAAAUGGAUUUAAAGAUCCUUUUGUUGCAGAUAUUACUUCAUGGCCGGGUUCCUUCAAAUUAAAAGUGGACGUAAAGGACAUAGAUGGAGGCCCAUCCGGAGGCGACGACCCCAUUGACUUCUUGCAGACGACCAUCACAACAGCCGCCGCCCCCAGUGAGAACGCUGCAUCCUGGACCUCGGUGUCCUUGCAGGGAACUAGAGGGACAGAACCCACGUCGCUUACUCUGCAAGUCAAAGUUUACUGUGACCCAGGAUACACAGGGGCAGAUUGUGCCACUAACAUAAACGAAUGCGCCAGCAACCCAUGUAGUAACGGUAACACAUGCCAAGACAACAUUAAUUCCUACACGUGCCAGUGCCCCACUGGAUAUACUGGUCUUAACUGCUUGACAAAUAUUAAUGAAUGUGCCAGCAGUCCAUGUCAGAACGGCGCCACGUGUCUGGAUGGGGUGAAUGCCUACACGUGCCAGUGUACCCCUGGUUAUACCGGAGUUCUCUGCCAGGUUAAUAUUGAUGAAUGUGCCAGCAGUCCGUGCCAGAAUAAUGCCACGUGUCUGGACGGCAUCAAGGGAUUCACAUGUGACUGUCCCGGGGGAUUCACGGGGACCCUGUGUGAAACUGAUAUCAAUGAAUGUGACAGCAACCCGUGUGUUAACAGUGGGACUUGUCAGAAUGAAAUAAACGCGUUUACAUGUCAGUGUCCUAAUGGUUUUACCGGGACAAUUUGUGAGACGAACAUUGAUGACUGUGUUAACGCUCUUUGUUAUAAUAACGCCACGUGUGUAGACGGCGUUGAAUCCUAUCAGUGUCAGUGUGUUGCAGGAUUCACAGGCACACAGUGCCAGACGGACAUUGACGAAUGUCUCAACGUAACAUGCCAAAAUAAUGCCACAUGCCAGGACGGCAUAAAUGGAUUUAGCUGCCUUUGUAGCGAUGGAUACACAGGGCAGCUGUGUGAGUCUGAUAUUGACGAAUGUGGGAGAAGCCCAUGUCAGAACAAUGGAACGUGCCAGGAUUUUAUCAACAUGUACACCUGUAACUGCUCAACCGGUUUUACAGGUACACAUUGUGAAACCAACAUCGAUGAUUGUGUUAAUAAUACCUGUCAAAAUGGCGCCACUUGUAUAGACGGAAUCAUCGACUUCACCUGUCAUUGUCCACCAGGUUAUACGGGACAGUCUUGUGAAACCAACAUCGAUGAUUGUGUUAAUAAUACCUGUCAAAAUGGUGCCACCUGUAUAGACGGAAUCAUCGACUUCACCUGUAAUUGUCCUCCAGGUUAUACGGGACAGUCUUGUGAAACCAACAUCGAUGAUUGUGUUAAUAAUACCUGUCAAAAUGGUGCCACUUGUAUAGACGGAAUCACCGACUUCAUCUGUCAUUGUCCACCAGGUUAUACGGGACAGUCUUGUGAAAUUGACAUAGACGAGUGUUCAAGCUUGCCUUGUACCAAUGAUGGCAGAUGUCAAGACGCUGUGGAUGGCUUUCAGUGUUUGUGCCGGUCUGGUUUUACAGGCAGGCAAUGCGAAAACAACAUUGACGAAUGCGCUAGUGACCCAUGUUUAAGCAACGCAACUUGUCUGGAUGAAAUCGAUUCAUACCGCUGUUUGUGCCCGCGUGGUUUUGUAGGCGACAGAUGCGAGAAAGCAAGUCCUUGUCAGCGCCAGUUAUGUCAAAACGGAGGGAAAUGCAUUGACAACGGUGUCUCCUAUACUUGUCAGUGUAAAUUAGGAUAUCGUGGACAACAGUGUGAAAUCCUAGAGACAACAGAUGUCAGCACCACCCCGACGAGCAGCGACGCGUGUAUAUCAAACCCUUGUAAAAACAAUGGUCACUGCAAGACGAAGGACGACCAUUAUACAUGCUUUUGCAGCAACGGCUUUUACGGCCCACAGUGCCAGUUUGAAAUCUUUGAAUGCUUCAGCAACCCUUGCCAAAAUUAUGGCACUUGCCACGACAUCGUUGGGGGCUUCUUUUGCAAGUGCCUACCUGACUUUGCCGGCAAGUUCUGCGAAAUCCGCCUCAACCCCUGUUCUGCACAACCAUGUGAGAAUUUUGGAACUUGUAUUCCAACUUCUGACGGAUACCGAUGUGAUUGCCCGGCAGGGUUCGCUGGAGACCGUUGCCAGAUGGCCUUGCUGUGCAAGAAGAGCCCGUGUCAGAACGGCGGUGUGUGCAUUCCACAGAACAAACAAGCCACUUGCUUUUGUAAAGAUGGCUAUUUUGGGACCUUCUGCCAGCAUCCCCUGCACAAGUUGACCGGGUCCUCUACCGGGAACUACAUUUGCACCUACAAUUGUAAAUGCAAGCACGGGAUGAAAGGUUGGAAAGGGGCUGACUGCAACGAGUGCGAGGUCAACCAUUGCAAAAAUGGAGGCACAUGUAGCCAUGAUUCUGCCAAGGAGCAAAAGCAGUGCACCUGCCCAGUCGGUCCAUGCAAAAAUGGCGCCAAAUGCAUCGACAAUACCAACUCGUACGCUUGCCAGUGUAGGGAGGGGUUUCAAGGUAGCCGGUGCGAAACCGCCACGUGUACUCCAAAUCCCUGCAAGAAUAACGGUUACUGCAACGUCACAGGGGGAACCUUCGAAUGCUUCUGUGCCAAUGGAUACUACGGCACACAGUGUGAGUUUAAAAUGACGGACAAAUGCAAGAGCGAACCGCCGAAACGACCUGUGUUCGCAGAACUGCAGGUGCAAGCCGGGGGAAAAACUGCACCGAGCUACACCCUUGCACUAAUGUCCAAUGUCGCAACAGAGGAAUCUGUGUUUCCGAAACUGGUUCCAGUUACGAGUGUCUCUGCCGUCGUGGGUACUGCGGUCAGUUUUGUGAGAACCGGUGCUGAUAAAUGGGCAGCGCAAGAACUUUUGGUCCUUCGUUGA